AUGACAUCCAGCUGGCGGAGGAUAGACAAAAAGGGGCCUCACCGGGAAUCGAACCCUGGACCUCUCGCACCCGAAGCGAGAAACAUACCACUAGACCACGAGGCCACACUGGUGACGUCUACUCGCCACAUUUGCACUGCUGGCGCGAUGGACUUGGGAGCAGACCACGCUUUACACGAGGAAUCAGUCGUGAUUAUGAGCCGUCAGUAUGACGCAAGAAAGCUCCGUCGACAAUGCAACAUCCAGCUGGCGGAGGAUAGACGGGGGAAAGGGGCCUCACCGGAAUCGAACCCGGGACCUCUCGCACCCUAG